AUGUCUCCCCACAAGCUAGACGGCCUGAGCAUCAAGAUCGCCAUCGAUCGCGGCGGCACAUUCACCGACUGCCUCGGGAUAAUCCCCGGCCAGUCCGACAUCGUGGUGAAGCUCCUCUCGCAAGACCCAGCAAACUACGCCGACGCCCCAAUCGAGGGGAUAAGACGCAUCCUCUCGCAAGCAACAGGCAAAACCAUCCCCCGUGAUGAAAAGCUCUCGCUGGCUGAUUUCGCGUCUAGCAGUAUCCGCAUGGGCACGACGGUUGCGACGAAUGCCCUGCUGGAGCGGAAGGGUGAGCGCCAUGCAUUGCUGAUUACGAAGGGAUUCAAGGAUGCGCUGCGGAUUGGGACGCAGUCGAGGCCGAAGCUGUUUGCGUUGAAUAUUCAACGGCCGGAUGUGUUGUAUGAGGAGGUGGUUGAGGUUGAUGAGAGGGUCACUGUGGAGGAUUAUCAGCAGAAUCCAGCGCCGGAUAAGGAGGGACUGCAGCGGGCUUUGGAGUCUGAUUCUGAUUUGAGAAAAGGGGUCAGUGGUGAGGUUAUUAGAGUGCUGGAGGCCUUGGAUGAAGACAAAACGAGAGAAAGUCUACAGAAAUUGUAUGACAAGAGAUAUCGCUCGGUUGCGGUGUGCUUGGUCCAUGCGUAUACGUUUCAAGAGCACGAGCUGGCCAUCGAGCGGAUUGCAAGGGAGAUUGGCUUCACGCAGAUUUCUCUCUCCAGUCAGCUACUGCCGAUGAUUAAGAUGACCUCUCGCGGUGCGUCAGCUACUGCGGAUGCGUACUUGACGCCGGUCAUUCAGCGAUAUAUCCAGGGAUUUCGAGAGGGAUUCAAGGAUGGAUUGCGCUCGGCGGACACGCGAUGUGAAUUCAUGCAGAGUGAUGGAGGGCUGGCUACAUUUGAUAAGUUUAAUGGCCUCCGCGCCAUUCUAUCCGGUCCUGCUGGAGGAGUUGUCGGAUAUGCUGGAACGUCCUUCGACGAGACAGAGAGAAAACCGGUUAUAGGCUUCGACAUGGGCGGCACCAGCACUGACGUGUCUCGCUACGAUGGAAAGCUGGAGCACACCUUCGAGAAUACAAUAUCAGGCGUGACGGUGAUGGCACCACAGCUUGAUAUCAACACUGUCGCAGCAGGCGGGGGAAGUAUUCUCUUCUGGCGUCACGGGCUAUUUGUUGUCGGCCCCGAGUCUGCAGGUGCUCAUCCAGGCCCUGCAUGCUAUCGCAAGGGCGGGCCUUUAACAGUGACAGACGCAAAUCUGCUUCUUGGGAGACUACUACCAGAUUACUUUCCUAAGAUCUUUGGCCCGAAGGAGAAUCAGGCUCUGGAUGUUGAGAUUGUGCGCCAGAAGUUCACUGAGUUGGCACAGAGGAUUAAUGCAGAAACAGGACAGGAUAAAACACCGGAAGAGAUUGCCCUUGGGUAUAUCCAGGUUGCGAAUGAGUCCAUGGCAAAACCUAUUCGGGCGUUGACGGAAGCCCGUGGCUUUGAUACUUCAGCGCACAAUCUGGCGUGCUUUGGCGGUGCAGGGGGUCAGCACGCAUGCGCUAUCGCAUCUUCACUGUCAAUUGGGACUGUGAUUGUCCACAGAUACUCGUCCAUCCUGUCGGCAUACGGCAUGGCACUGGCCGACGUCGUUCAUGAAGCCCAGGAGCCAGCGUCGGGUGUAUUCACAGCAGAAGCUAUGGAGUCUGUCAACCAGCGAAUUACAGCAUUGAAAGACAAAGUAUCCACGGCAUUGACAACAGAUGGGAUCGAAGAGAGUCAGAUUUCCCAUGAAGUAUACCUGAACCUGCGCUAUCAGGGCACGGACAACGCACUCAUGGUGCUACAGCCAGACCACGGAGACUUUAUUGCGGAAUUCGUCAAGGAACACCAUCGCGAAUUCUCAUUUACAUUCCCCGGCCGUAAUAUCCUGGUUGAAGAUAUCCGCGUGCGCGGCGUUGGAAAGGCGACGUCUGUCCCUUCGGAGGCACCCCAGCACGAACUGGCAAUGAUACCUAAAACGCCAGUCGGGCGUGAGAAGCAGGAUGACUCGACAGUGGUAUAUUUCUCUGGAACAGGCCAGGCGGAGACUCCUGUGUUCUUCCUCGAGAACCUGGAACCAGGAAGCCUGAUACAAGGACCGGCCAUGGUCAUCGACAAAACACAGACUGUUGUCGUGGAACCAAACGCAACAGCUACAAUCCUGUCUCGCCAUGUUAUUCUGGACGUACAGUCGUCCAAGAAGCAAACAGCCGAUACCACUAUCGUCGAUCCCAUAAAAUUGUCCAUCUUCGGCCAUCGCUUCAUGUCUGUUGCAGACCGGAUGAGCCGUAUGUUCCAGAAGACGUCGGUGUCGACGAAUAUCAAAGAACGACUCGAUUUCUCGUGCGCUGUAUUUUCGCCAGACGGGAAAUUAGUAGCGAAUGCACCAAACGUGCCUGUACAUCUAGGAAGUAUGGAGUAUGCUGUUAGAUACCAGCACCAGCAAUAUAGUGGGAAUCUGCACCCUGGCGACCAUAUACUCACCAACCAUCCCCUAGCCGGAGGGACGCAUCUUCCAGAUAUCACCAUUAUCACCCCGGUAUGGAAUGCAGAGGGCACGCGCAUCAUCUUCUACGUGGCAUCCCGCGGGCAUCACGCUGAAAUCGGCGGUAUCGCUCCAGGCUCUAUGCCAUCAAAUAGCAAAAUGCUAUACGAAGAAGGCGCCAUGACCAUGGGCUUCAAAAUCGUAUCCCAAGACCGGUUCGACGAGGAAAUCGUCCGCAAAUUCCUCUACGACGAGCCAGCCUCAUAUCCAAAAUGCAGCGGCACACGGACAUACAACGAUAACGUAUCAGACCUAAAAGCAGCCAUUGCAGCAAAUCACAAAGGCGCAAAGCUACUAGAAGGUUUAGUCGCAGAAAACACAUUAGAAGUCGUCCACUUCUACAUGGACGCCAUCAAACGCACCGCCGAAAUCGCCGUCCGCGAUCUCCUCAAAUCAAUCGGAUCGCAGAAUCCAGACAAGCACCUCCGCUUCUCAGAUUUCAUGGACGACGGCACCGAAAUCAAGCUAGAGAUCCGAAUCGACCCUUCCUCUGGCUCGGCGGAUUUCGAUUUCACAGGGACGGGCUAUGAAACGUUUAACUGUCUCAAUGCGCCCAAGGCGAUCGCCCACUCGGCUAUUAUAUAUGUCUUGCGCGCGUUGAUAGAUGUCGAUAUCCCGCUAAAUGAAGGCUGUCUUGCACCUGUGAAUGUAAUCAUCCCCGAGGGGACAUUGAUUAACCCCUCUGGGCAUGCCGCCGUAUGCGCAGGGAACCCUAUUACCUCGCAGCGGAUUACGGAUGUCGUUCUUGGAGCGUUUCGAGCAUGCGCUGCGUCGCAGGGAUGCUGCAACAUUAUCUCCUUUGGCAUGGGUGGUCUCGAUGAGAACGGCGUUGAUAUUCCGGGUUUCGGCGUCGGGGAGACGAUUUGCGGUGGCUCGGGCGCUGGGCCGUCAUGGCAUGGAACGUCUGGUGUGCAUGUGCAUAUGACGAAUACGAGGAUUACAGAUGCUGAGGUUUAUGAGCUGCGGUAUCCGGUUAUCCUGCGGCAGUUUUCGAUUCGGAGGGGGUCUGGUGGACGUGGUAUGUAUCGUGGUGGGGAUGGGGUGGUUCGGGAAUUGGAGUUUCGGAUGCCGCUGUCUGUGUCGAUGCUGAGUGAGCGUAGGGUUUAUAGACCGUAUGGGCUGGAGGGUGGUGAGGCUGGCCAGGUGGGCUUGAAUCUGUAUGUGAAGAAGGAACAGGAUGGGACGGAACGGACGAUCAACAUUGGGGGGAAGAUGGAGUUGCAGGUGCAGCCAGGGGAGCGGAUCUUGAUCCAUACACCUGGAGGAGGCGGAUGGGGAGUUGAGAGGGCGGAUUUGGCCCAGGCAUAUACAACCACCGUGAAUGCGUUUCAACCACGAGGGAGUGUGCAUGCAUUCAGUGCCACUGCAGAGGCGGCCUCAUAG